UCAAAAAUAGGCGUGGUCAAAAAAACUGCCCCACUAUGCUUGCUAAAUUCUUUUGUCCCUCUUUUUAUUUCCAAAAUGUUUGCUUCUAUAUAAUUGUUACUGAAACUGUCCCAUUGACAGGCUGGACAGAGAGCAGAUGAAGUGCAUUUCCCCUCCAGCCCGAAUUCAUGUGUUUUGAUGUGGUUUUAGUUCAGUGAUUAUUCCCCCCUUGUUGCAGCGUUGGGACGGUCCUUUCUCAGCGAGCGCAGGUGAGGCGUUAGGCGUUUGGGUGAAAGUCUCAGGCGAGUGCGAGGGGGGUCCCGGGCGCUCAGGAGCUUCCUGCUUUCGCUUAAUGUUCCAUUGCGCUGCCACGGGCUCUCUGUGUCCAUAUAUGGGCAGUUACGUCACUGGAGCUUCCCCGGGCGGAGAUAAAAGGAGCCGGAGUCCCCGAACAGAGCGUCAAGAUUGAGCGAGAGCGGAGAGAAGCGCUAAGUCCCCUACACCCGGGGGCUGAUACAACUCCGACCCAUGGGGCAGCCCAUAAUCGUUGUAUAAGAGCCCUCGCCUUCCAGCCACACAUCAGUAGCCUCCCUGGCACAUCUCUUGCCACAGGACUGUCAUUGGCAACAUCCCCAGAGGCUCCUGCCACUUCUACUAUCGCUCAACCACCAAACCAGCCUCCUCUUUCUCUCCCCUUAUAGCCAGUCUGUGCGACAUUAUCGCAUGCAUCUUCUCCGUGCUGCUCGGGCACAUUGCUCCCUGUGUGUGUGAUGGAUCUUCACCGACCCCGAGCGACCCUCGUGUUCCUUCGCUCCGCUCACUGUUCCUAAGCACCUGAGGGAGAAUUCGGAGUCAGACCCAUUGCCUCUAUUUGGGGCCACACUCCUGCCCCAUCCUGACCCCCGGCUCAUAGUAACCCCCUCCUAUAGGCAACUGUCUAUUUGUAGUCGGACAGGGAGCGAUUAUCACAAAGCUUGGACUCCCUGCCUGGAGCUGUCACGUUAGGGGUAAGUGACUCGUCUAUUCCCCGGGGCUAUGAGUGCAAGCUGUUGGACAAGCUACAAGUGAACAUGACCUCUCUGCUGCCGGAUUCCCUCUACCCCGAAGAGGGGCAGGAUCUGUCUGGAUCUCUAUCAAUCUACUCUGGCGGGGGCAACGAUCAGCACUAUCCCAUGUCUACAGAUAAUGUCAUAGACUUGGGCUUGAGCAAUGACAAAACCUCCCAGGAUCUCUCCUACAAUGGCACGUUCCAGCCAGGUAAUAAGACGGUCACUUAUUUGGGCAAGUUUUCCUUUGACUCACCCUCCAGCUGGUGCCAGGAAAAUAUAAUUAGCCUUAUGAGCAGUGGUAUCCUUGGUGUGCCCACUUCACAGGCACCGAAUGCUGGAGGAAGUGGAAAUGGUGGAGGCAAUGGUGGCCUUAUGGGACAAAAUCAAAAUGAUGUGGAAUCUAUGUUUCAUUCCCUACCAUCGUAUGCUGGCUGUGGAGACCUGUACCACGAGCAAGUAAGCUUCCAAGGUGGCAUGGCACCCUACGCAUCCCAGGAAUACUCAUCUGCCAAACAGAGUAUGGACUCUGGUGUCUUCCCUAUGAUACCAGACUAUAAUUUGUUCCACCACAACACAGAGAUGCCUCCAGUGGACCAAAAACCUUUUCAGAAUAUGGAGGCUAUAAGGGUCAAUCCACCACCCAUAACACCCCUGGAAACCAUCAAGGCAUUUAAGGAAAAGCAAGUUUUGCCCAGUUUUGGAGGCAUGAGCCACCAACCCCCUCUAACUCUGAAACCCAUCCGUCCCAGAAAAUACCCCAACCGGCCUAGUAAAACCCCUCUCCAUGAAAGGCCUCAUGCCUGCCCUGCAGAAGGCUGCGACCGACGCUUCUCACGCUCAGAUGAGCUAACUCGCCAUCUGCGGAUCCACACAGGACACAAGCCCUUUCAGUGUCGCAUCUGUAUGAGGAGUUUCAGCCGCUCAGACCACCUCACCACCCACAUUCGCACUCACACCGGGGAAAAGCCCUUCGCUUGUGAUUUCUGUGGACGCAAAUUUGCACGUAGUGACGAGAGGAAGCGGCACGCAAAAAUUCACCUCAAGCAAAAAGAUAAGAAAGGAGGGGACAAGGCUGUCUGCUCGCCCUCUGUGGGUGGGGCACCAGUGGUAACCACCUGUGCUUAAGGACUGUUUCUGUUUAACUCAAGGUGAAGAAAACACAUUGUGAUGCAUCCCUGCCUCAGUGAAAUGUGGUUAAAAGUACAUUCCCCAUGCAUUCAUUCCUGGACAGAUAUGAGCUGAGCACUGGUAUCAGUUGAAGACCUGCAGAGCAUUACUCCUUUCUGUCAAGUGGUCUAUACUCUUCUGCAUAAUAUUUUUCCUUGCCUGCCAUUAAUAACUACACAGCAGUGCAUUUUCAUCACACACCUGCAUUGAUAUUCUGGAAGAGUUUCACUCCAUUACUUCUGUUGUGUACCUUGCAGAGCAUGAUUUCACCCAUUUGGCCAGAAUCCCCCCUUGCUCCUAAUACGCUGUCCCACCAGAACAUUGCUCCAGUUCUUCUCUGUACCUACUCUGCAUUUUAUAGUGACAUUUAGCCUACAGGACCUGCUCCAUUUGUGUACCCCUGUUAGAAGUUAUUCAAAAAACAGGGUCCUGGUCCUUUAACGCUGCCUAAAUAAGAUUCUGCUGCUACUGUUAAACACCAACUGUUAUAUCCCAGGGUGCUUAUUUCAUACGUAUCCCUAAUAUAAAAUCUUUCCCUGACCUUUCUAUUCUUCCACUGUUUAUCAAUUUUCACAACAGAAUUAUUAAUUUUGAAUCUAUCUAUCCAUCCAUCCAUCCAUCUAUCCAUCCACCCACCCAUUAUCUAUCUAUCUAUCUAUCUAUC